GGAGAGCUCGCUGGCGGAGGAGGCUGGGGUGGGGGGGGCGGCUGCUGUGGCUGCUGUGCGCCGAGACAACGAAGGAAGCGCGGAGCGAGCGAGCGAGUGCGGCGGCGGCGGUGUGGUGAAACACAAGGCAUGGCGGGGCCGCAGGACUUCCAGCAGGGCAGCUACUGUCACCGGAAGACGUGGCUCAACGUAUUACUGGGAAUAUCGCACUUAAUUUUACACUGCGUGCAGAACGGAGGAGCUCAGAGACAAGCUCUGAAUCAAAUGGCCACCAGCGUGGUUGAGGUCUGGCAGCCGGAGGAUGCAGAUACGCUUAUCCCGCUGCAGGUGGAAAGGGGGCCAAGAAAAGAUGGUCUUCCACUUGAAGACAGCAGCUCUUCCGUAUUUAACGUGGAGAAUGGGAGGCCGUUGCAUUUCCAGCCAGCGAUAUUAAAGUUUGGAAAUCAGCCGCUGGGGCUGCCCAGAGCCGAAACCAUACAUGUCCACAACCCCAGCCAGGAGGUUCCUGUGACGCUGCUGUCUAUGUUUACGUCCAGCAGGCACUUGCACAUACCUUCCUUCCACAGAAGAGUGAUCCCCCCCAGAGGGAAAACAUCUUUUAAACUCAUUUUCCUUCCAUCUGUGGAAGGCAACAUAGAAAACACAUUAUUUAUAAACACAUCGGCUCACGGGCUGCAUUCAUAUCAGGUCUUUGGUGUCGGUGUCCACCAGGGCUCAUUAAAAUCUGUCCAGCGAAAGGACAGUCAGCUGGUGUUCCCUCACAUCCAGAGCAUCAAGUUGACCCAAACUCAGGAAGAUGUGUCCAACAUCACUAUUCUGGGUCUACUGCUGGAGUGCAGCCUACCCAAGAGUUUUUUCAUCAACUCACAGGGGUCCUGCCUCCAGAGCGAGGAGCGCCUCAUUCUGCAGAUGGACCUGUCUGCACGAGGCGAGCAGCCCGCCGACCUGGAUAAGCUCAAGCCUUACGUUAUUGAGCACAUGCUGCUGCUGCUCAUGGUCCCCGCCGCCGGACGGGCCGUGCUAGGGGAACCAAAAAUUGGAGUUUAUAUGCAAAAUUCCGGAAGCAAAAAGCUCUAUGUAAAGGACAUGCAGUUGCUCUCCAAAGUGGACGCCAGUCUGGAUGUCAAUCGAGCUCUUCUGCGAUCAGAAGCGAAAAACUUCACUGAAGUGGCCACCCUCACCUGCAGAGGUUCCAUGUCAGGCCACGGAAGCAAGUGUGUCAGUCCUGUCAGUUUAAAGGUUCUCGGCAACCACAUGACCCACAACCUGGCUGGCUUUCAUGUCGCGCAGCGGUGGCGCACGGAGGACCUUUCCAGCCUUUUCCAAGUCAAACAAAAAAACCCCGAGCAGGUGGACUUGUGGCUGACCAACCCAUUCGCGCUUCCACUCACGGUGACCAGCGCCAGCCUCUCACGCCAACUCCAAGGAGCCAUGAAGGUGGUGAACUUCCACAGCCCGCUGACGGUGCCGCCGGGCUGUUGGCCCGUGUUGUCCCUGCAGUUUUUCAACCGGGCGCUACCGGCCAGCCACUCCUUCACCCUCGGUCUGCACACCCGACUGGGCACGUCCGUGCGCCUCCCACUCUACUUCCACACCGACCCUUCCAAGCAGGGAGACUCGGAGUUUGAAUCGGAGCAAGAAUGCGGACGACCGUGCCCGCUUAAGUUGUCCGAAGCAGGACGCUCGGAGUGGCAGCGCACGCUUCUCCCGGACUUCUCUCGCUCGUCUUGGACGGUGGACAGCAAGCUGGCCGGCGAACUCUUCUCCCGGUGGCAGAACCAUCUUGGCAAGUUACCUUGCAGGUGGCCCAGACUCCCCACGGAGACAUCUUCCCCCCUGGAUUUUGGCGCCACGCCCAUUAACGAAAGCAAGGUGAAAACGUUGCUGCUGAAGAACCCUUCCCCGUCUGUGGUUUCAGUGGAAGUCCAGAUUCUUUCCCUGUACCCUUCCCCACUUGGGGCUUUGGACCUUCUCACCAAAUGGUUUAACAUAAGCCCCCUGGCGGUCAACAUCAGCACUGCAGAGUUCUCACUAUUGAAUGCACCGUCUAAGGCGAGCGAGGAGGCCGUGAAGGGUGAGGGUGUCCUGCGCUUGCUGCUCCAACCGUGGGAGUCCCGGGAGGUCGCCGUGGUGUUCACGCCAUCCGAACACAAACCCACCACCACCAUCCUCAUCAUCAGAAACAACCUGACCGUGUUUGACAUGGUCACGGUGAAGGGCUACGGAGCCAAAGAGCUGCUGAGAGUCGGGGGCAAGCUGCCCGGUCCGGGCGCCUCCCUGCGCUUCAACGUCCCUCAGUCCACGCUGAUGGAGUGCAGAGAUGCGGGCCUGCGCGGGAGCAGCAAGCCGCUCUUCGCCAUCCGCAAAAGCUUCAAGGUGGAGAACGUUGGCGAGCUUCCGCUCACGGUCACGUCCAUGAACGUCAACGGGUACAAGUGUCAGGGCUUCGGCUUCGAGGUGCUGCAGUGUCGCUCCUUCAGCCUCGAUCACAACGGCUCCUCGGAGAUCAUCGUUGCGUUCACGCCUGACUUCACCUCGUCAUGGGUGAUCCGCGACCUGGUGCUGGUGACGUCUCGUGGCACCACCUUCCCGUUCACCCUCAACGUCACGCUGCCCCACCACAUGUUGCCCCUGUGUGCCCAAGUGGUGCCGGGCCCCAGUUGGGAGGAAUCCUUCUGGGUGGUCACGCUCGUCUUCACCUGCAUCUCCUUGUUCGGCGUGUGCUUGAUGGCCUUCCAUCAGGCGCAGUAUAUUCUCGGCGAGUUCUCCAUGCCCGCCAUCCGGAGCAGCCACAACUCAAACUUGUCCCGAGACAACGGCCCCGUCAACAACAUCACACCCAACGGCGUCAGUAAACCCAAGGGCAGCUGUAAGAGCUACGUGGACACCUGCCACACCUCGGAUAAAGGCAAAGGCCGCGGCUCCCCGGCGCUGUCCAACAGGCCCGCUCAGCGUCCUCAGUCGUCCAAGAAGAGCUCCUCCGGUGCCCCGUCGCAGCCCCAAAAGAAACACAAGGUGUCCCUGUACUACAGCAAGUACAAGCCCGGCGGGGGGGCCGCGGCGCAGUCCGCGCCCAUGGACGAACAGCACGACGAACCGGUCCCCGAACCGCCUCUGACACCGGACCCGGACAUAUGCGACAACAACAACGAACCGUCGUUUGUCAGCGAGAUGGCUAAAAAGGCGGCGGCGGACUUUCAAGCUGAAGAGAUCGUGCCGGCAGCGGUUAUGUUUCCCGUGGAAAUUCCCGCCGGCUUCCCGCAAAACGUCGCGCUCGGGCCCGGGCCCAGGCCGGGCCUGCUGCUGUGCAAACCGAUGGAGAUGAGUCACGCCGGACGCUACGAACCCGCCGCCGUGGUGCCCGACGCCGAGCUACAGUUACGGGAAGACGGCAAAGGGCCAAAGAAAAAGGCAGCGGUUGUAGACCCGAGCAGUAGUAGUAGUAGUAACAAUAAUAAGGGAAAGAAAAGUCGCCGGAAGAUGGACAACGUGUCAAGCGUUCCAGAGCAGAAAGCGCCGCUGCUUCCUGAGAGGGAGCGAGAGCCCGACUGGAGCGCGGCAGAGCGAAACCCGGCGGCGUGCCGCAACAAAAGCCGCUGCUGCAACAACACCACCGCGCCGGACGCGCCCAAACCGGGACUGCGCGCCGACAACUCCGUCAGACAGAACGCUGCCGCCGCGUGUCCCGCCCGCAGUCGGCGAAAGUGCGUGGCCGAGCGCCGCGCGUGCGAGUCCGGCUCGGACUCGGGAAGCUCGUCGGGCAGCGUGCGGGCCAGCAGGGGGAGCUGGGGCAGCUGGAGCAGCGCCAGCAGCGUGGAGGGGGACAAGGAGGCCAGACACGCCUGCGCUACCUCGUCCAGAAAAAGGGACCCCAUGCAGUACAGCAUUUACACCACAGAGCGAGACGCCUACCAGCCUGCAAACGCCAACUGCAAACCCCUCAACGCCUACCGCAAAGACCAACGGCAAAGUCCCGAUCCAGCCGUGUCCAGCUUCGCCCCGAGCUUUGCCGCCGUCGCCGCAGGUGUGGAGCGCAACACGGAUCUGACAGGUCACUUCCUGCCCGAGGAGACCUGGUCGGCGCCCUCGGUCCCGCUCACCAACGAGUUCCGGUACAACACCACCAUUGCCGAGGCGCUGCCCUUCAUACCGCAGACGACCCCACCCAGGCCGUAUAACGGGUUUGCGUGGAGAAGCGGCAACAACCACUGCGGCAAUCCCUACGCCUACAGCGAGGAAGGCAACUGCAUCGGAAACGCGGCGUUCCCGGCGGGAUUCCCACAUCAGGAGUGCCACGGCGUCCCGCCCGCCAGUCAGGCGGGCUGGAGGGAGCAACACGCCCAAGAAUCCCCCUGCACUUGGGACUCGGCCGCCUGCGUGGGCACUAAGCCUUUCUUCUCAGGCACCCGCAGCCUGUCACCCAUGUCCAGCCUCUUCGGCUCCAUCUGGACGCCGCAGAGCGCCCCCUACCACCACCACGGCCACCUGCAGCACGAACGCUCGGCGCCCAUGUCGCCGGCGUCGCCCGUCACACCGCCACACUCGCCAUUUGCCCGAGAGUCGGCGGAGGCGCCCGUGUGCGGCGUUGCCGGCGGCGGCGGAGGAGGAGGCGGCGUCCCGUUCUCGAGCUUCAACCCUUUCGGCCCGCACAUGAACCUGGACAUCUGGAACUCCUCAUCCAACCGCAGCUCCAACUCGCAGCUUUCAAACGACUCGGGCUACUGCGGCGAUGGUUAAUAAGAAAGGAGGG